UCCUCGCCCCGCCCCGGCCCGUCGCCAUGUUGUUCCCUCCGCGCUGGACGGGAGCAGCUGGACCUGGAACCUGGCUGCUCUACCGCCGCUGCCUCCUGCUGUGCAGGUCCCCGACCCUCUCUCUGUCCUCAUUGCACCCACACGGGCCGGUUCAGAGCUCCCGGCUCGUCUUUCGUGUGGCCGCGAGACACUCUUGCACUCCUGUAAUGAGCCUGGCACUGUGAUGAAACACUUUUCCUCUGUUGUUUGAGUGCAUCUUCUCAACAACCCUAGGAGGGUUCUUGAAGCUCUUGAGAUUAACAAUGGCAGGAAAAUCAUCACUUUUUAAAGUAAUUCUCCUUGGAGAUGGUGGAGUUGGGAAGAGUUCACUUAUGAACAGAUAUGUAACUAAUAAGUUUGAUACCCAGCUCUUCCAUACAAUAGGUGUGGAAUUUUUAAAUAAAGAUUUGGAAGUGGAUGGACAUUUUGUUACCAUGCAGAUUUGGGACACGGCAGGUCAGGAGCGAUUCCGAAGCCUGAGGACGCCAUUUUACAGAGGUUCUGACUGCUGCCUGCUUACUUUUAGUGUCGAUGAUUCACAAAGCUUCCAGAACUUAAGUAACUGGAAGAAAGAAUUCAUAUAUUAUGCAGAUGUGAAAGAGCCUGACAGCUUUCCUUUUGUGAUUCUGGGUAACAAGAUUGACAUAAGCGAACGGCAGGUGUCUACAGAAGAAGCCCAAGCUUGGUGCAGGGAUAACGGCGACUAUCCUUACUUUGAAACGAGUGCAAAAGAUGCCACAAAUGUGGCAGCAGCCUUUGAGGAAGCCGUUCGAAGAGUUCUUGCUACCGAGGAUAGGUCAGAUCACUUGAUUCAGACAGACACAGUCAAUCUUCACCGAAAGCCCAAGCCUAGCUCAUCUUGCUGUUGAUUGUUAGAUUGUUGAUGCAUUCUAACCAACUCACACAUAUACACAAAAUCAACAUGGGGAUGGAGAAGAGAAUUAGCAUUUGCAGCAGUGUAUCAUCUACUAAUAAAAUUAAACUAAUGUAUGUUGCUGCUUCAUUAGUUGGUGGGAGAAGGGACACAUCCAAUCAUGGAGGAAUAUAUUUACUCAAUAAUGGCACCUUUACAUUUAUAAAUUGUAACGGUUGUCUAAUAACGUUUCUUUAAUUUAAAUAUGUAAGUUGCAGAGCUAAUAAAUGAGAUGACCAAGACAUUAAUUAUAAUUAAAAUAAGAAACUUGACUAUUCUAGAAGUUAUACUUGGAUUUUUUCCUGGGAAAAUGGAGAACUACUUUUUAUAUGUGUAUGUUUUUAUGCAAUUAGCAUUGUAUUCUUGGUUCAGGGAAAUAAUUUCCUAAAGCAAUAAUGUUAGAUAUUAAAGAUUAAAAUCUAAUGUAUUUGCAAUGCAUCAUUAAUUCAUUCUCUUCAGAAUGACUUAACCAUUCCUGUUUUCAUUCUACAUAUUGGAAUCACUCUCACUAGUAAUUACUCAUCAUUUGUAUGUCAUUCAUGCACCCCCAGCCCCAUAGAUCACAUUCCACAGUCUCAGGCAGAGGGCAGGCCCCCAGUGGUACAAGAGUUGCUUCAUACAGUCUAUAAUACAUCCAGCUAAAUUCAAGCUGUCUAUGAAUGGAAAACCUUGCCAUAGAUAGAGUUCAGUUUUAAGAAAAAGGCUAACUACUGAACUUGGAGAACAGACAAAUGUGCAUUUGAUAACUGAUGUAAUAAUUACAAUGUACUGUGUGGAAGAUACAAAAUUACAAUUCGAUUAAUGGACUAAAUAUUUUUGUUACUUUCUUCACCCUUGGGGAAAGUCUCUUAGUUGAAGUUAAAACAUUCCUUUAUAACACAAGACACAAGCUAACUUUAUCACUCUCAGAAGAAAUACUAAGGAUUGUACUUUUUGAGAGGGUAAAUGACAUCUUUAUUCGGCAAUGUAUUUACUUGGUGUCUUCUCUAUCACUGAACAUCUAGUGAUUUGCUCUCAAGGAGAUUUUUUGUUACAAAAAGACUUGUUGCAAUGAUCAGACUUGAUAAAGCAAAUUGUGGUCUUUUGUGGAUGAAGUUCAUAUGCUGCGUGGUUGGUGACUAUGUGAUUCCAUGGAGGCUAACCAAAGCCUAGACUGAGUGUGGAUGAGACCCUCGACUGGGGAGUGAUGGGGUUAUCAAAGGACAUGCUGGGUGAGGGGAGCUGGCUGUCAUGUAGGGAGUGAACCAGUGCCCCCCGCCAGAGAUACAGUUCAGUUUUAAGAAAAAAGGCAAGGCCGGGCAUGGUGGCUCACGGCUGUAAUCCCAACACUUUGGGAGGCCGAGGCAGGCGGAUCAUGAGGUCAAGAGGUCGACACCAUCCUGGACAACAUGGUGAAACCCUCUCUCUACUAAAAAUACAAAAAUUAGUUGGGCAUCGUGCCUGUAGUCCCAGCUACUCAGAAGGCUGAGGCAGGAGAAUCGCUUGAACCCGGGAGGCGGAAGUUGCAUUGAGCCGAGAUUGCACCACUGCACUCCGGCCUGGUGACAGUGACACUCCAGCUCAAAAAAAAAAAAAGCAAACUACUGAACUUGGAGAACAGACAAACGUGCAUUUGAUAACUGAUGUAACAAUUACAAUGUGCUGAUUGGAAGAUACAAAAUUACAAUUCAUUAAUGGACUAA